AUGUUAGCAAGUUUUAUUGUGAAGCCGACACUCAGAGACAAAAUAGUAGUUGCUCAGAAAGCUGACCCCUUUUUGGAAAAGAUCAGGGCUGAUGUGGGAACUGAGAAGAUGAAAGGAUUUGAAAUAGUCGAAGACAAAGCCUUGAUGUUUAAGGGUCGAUUAUGCGUGCCAAAGGAUGAAGUAUUGAGGAAUGAGAUUAUGACUGAAGCUUAUUCUACUCAUUAUGUCGCACACCCAGGUGGAACUAAAAUAAAUAAAUAUUUGCGUGAUAGAUUUUGGUGGAGAAAUAUGAAGGGAAAUAUAUCUUUGUUUGUGUCCAAAUGUAUGGAUUGUCAACAAGAAAAGGCUAAACAUUAG